UCUAUCAUUCAAAUUACAACAGUGACAAAAGAGAAGCGCAAGCAAUGAACCAAGAAAGCAAGAAAGAGUACAUAGUUCAAACCAUGAAUACAAUAAUCUUCACAACCAUAAUACUCAUCAUCCUCAUCAAACUUCUCAUCUUCUCCAAAACUCAAAACAAGAACAAGAUUAAGAAACCACCAAGUCCCACUUCACUCCCAAUACUUGGUCACCUCCAUCUCCUCAUAAACAACAAACAACCACUCUACAAAACUCUCACUCAACUCUCCAUCAACCAUGGCCCCAUCAUGCUCCUCCGUUUUGGCUUUCGGCAUGUUCUCAUCGUCUCGUCGUUCUCUGCUGCAACUGAGUGCUUCACCAACCUCGACAUCAUAUUUGCAAACCGUCCCAAACUCCCCACCGAAGGUCAUCUAACAUACAAUCACACCACUCUCGGCACCUCUUCUUAUGGUCCUCACUGGCGUAACAUCCGCCGCAUCGUCGCCGUCCAUCUCUUCUCUUCAGCGAAGCUCAACUCAUCAUCCAUCAUCCGUGCUUCAGAGACACAUGCACUUGUCCGGCGCUUGUUCAAAGGUGGCAGUGAGUUCAAGAGAGUGAAUAUCAGGACAGUGUUGCAUGAGAUUGUGUUGAAUGUGAUGAUGAUGUUGGUGGCCGGAAAGAGGUAUUAUGUGGAUGAAGGAGUAGGUGCGGAUGUGGAUGAAGUCAAGUGGUUUGAGGAGAUGGUGGAGGAGACGUUCAAGCUUAGUGGGAUGUCAAAUGUCAGGGAUUUCUUACCGGAGUUGUUGAGGGUCGUGGAUGUGCAUGGAGUGGAGAAGAAGUUGGCGAGGUUGGAGAAGAUGUGGGAUGAGUACUUGCAGAGGUUGAUAGAUGAGUUGAGAGGCAAACUUGGCAAUGGAAAUCAUGAUAAUGAGUCCAUUAUUAGAAUGACGCUUAUUGGUACUUUGCUAUCAAUGCAAGAAGAUGAAGACCCAGAUUAUUACACUGAUAAUCUCAUCAAAGCACAAGUCCUGAGUCUUUUAUCUGCUGGAACGGAUACAUCAUCCGCGACGAUAGAAUGGGGAUUGUCACUGCUAGUAAACCAUCCUCAAGUUUUGAAAAAGGUUCAAGAUGAGAUUGAUGAACUUGUAGGACAUGACAGACUAAUCAAAGAGUUUGAUAUCCCUAACCUUCCUUACCUUCAUUGCAUUGUGCUUGAAAUUCUUAGGCUUUAUCCUGCAGCACCAUUACUUCUCCCUCAUGAAUCAUCUCAAGAAUGCAAGGUCUUCGGCUUCGACAUCCCUCGUGGGACGAUACUAGUGGUGAAUGCUUAUGCUAUGCAUAGAGACCCGGAGAUAUGGGAAGAUGCAUUGGUGUUUAAGCCUGAGAGAUUUUUAGGUGGAGAGGAGAAAGUGAAGAAGAUGAUGCCUUUUGGGAUGGGGAGAAGGAGGUCUCCUGGUGAAGGACUUAGUUUUAGGCUUGUUGAGUUGGUGCUUGGGGCUCUAGUGCAGUGUUUUGAGUGGGAGAGAGUUGAGGAUGAGGAGGUGAGCAUGGAGGGAGGAGCUGGUUUGGAUAUGCAUAAGGCUAUGGCACUUGAGCUUAUGUGCAAACCUCGUCCAGAUUUGAUUGCUGUUAUCUCUGGACUUUAAAUCUUUAGAAGUGUGUUUUUUUAAGGUUAAAUAAGUCACAUAAUUCAAUGUCAAUUUUUGAGUUGGAUGGAAAUAAAAUACCAAUCUUCUUUCUUA